UUGGAUUGGCAUGGCUGUGUGCAGCUCAGCACUGCAACCUACAUCCACAAGGCUCCUGCCUGGACGUUUGGAUUUUCUGUCACGCAGCCUUGAAACAGUGCUAGACAGAGGAACACUGAGCUGUGCUGUGUUUUUACAGCAUGUUGCAGGGCAUUCGAAGAUAGAGAGGGGAGAUUAAGGGAGUGUGGGGGCAACACUUGAGUGAUGCUGUGUGAGCAUCUCGCUCUUUCUUUUCAGACCGCCAGGCUUUUCUGCACAGAGACCUCAGACUAAUGGAGGAAUGCAACCAUGUUACUCCUUGCUUGUCAUGCUUGAAUCACAGCUUCAUAUAUCCUUUUGUCUCGGAGUCCUCUUUGUCUUUGUCUGUCACUGCCGCCAGACCAUCUGUGGGGUAGUGGGGUGGACACAGGUUCUUCCACAAUCCCCCUCUCCCUUGUCUGUUUCCCCUAAUUCUCUUAACUCCCAGCUCGCUCGUGUCUAUUUACCUCUUAUAAGCUUCCCUCCCCUCUGUGUUCGACUCAGUGUUUCUCACUGCUUACUAUUUCCCUCUUACUGCUCAUUCAAAGCAGGCAGGCUGCUAUUCUACCUUAGCAGCUUGCUACAUGAUCUCACGGAACACUGUUUUCGCUGCUGCUCUGUUGAGCCCUUCUAGAAAUCCAUCUCCAUAACGUCAGGAUGUUCAUUCAGGAGGAUUGAUCCUCUCAACCCCCAUCACUCAUUCCUUCCCCUCCCUUGUCCCGAUCUCCUGCCCUCUGACCCUCAUCCUCUUGUUAUCCCCUCCUCACCUUCCCUUUUUUUGUCCUUAACCUAAGCCUCUUCUCCCCUAACUCAUUUCACCCUCUUGACCAUGUUGCCAUGUGUCUGCUGGCUUCAGCCUAUCCUCAUUUUGCUGUCCUCUGUCUUGUGGACCCGGGGGGAAAACUGCCCAGCAACCUGCCUGUGCCCAGAUCCUCACACUGUGGACUGCAGCGGCCGUGGGUUGACCCGUCUACCUGAUGAGAUUCCCUUGGACGUCCGCAGGCUUUUGCUGGCUGACAACUGGAUACCCCGCAUCCCCUCCGAUUUCUUGGUUCUGUAUAGUGACUUGGUCUACUUGGAUCUCCGGAACAACUCCCUCUCCCACAUAGAACCUGGGACCCUUAGCACUUCCUCCAGGCUGGUCUUCCUGGACCUGGGUAGCAACAAUCUAACUGAAAUCCCGAAAGGCACUUUCGGGGAGUCCCGGAGCUUGAUCAAGUUACGACUGGGAAACAACCCAUAUCUGAGCAUGGUGAGUGAGGAUGCUUUCCUGGGCCUCACCUCUCUGCGAGAACUUGAGCUGGAACGUAAUGCAUUAUCUACCUUAAAGGUGGGGGCACUUAGUCAGUUGCCCUCUCUGCGGGUUGUGAGACUAGAGGGCAACCCUUGGGUAUGCAAUUGCAAUUUUGCCAGCCUGUUUGAAUGGCUGAUGGAAAACAGUCACAAGCUUCCAAACGGAGUGGAAGGCAUGGAGUGCUCGCUCCCUAUGGAUGACAGACGCGUCUCCCUGACCCAGCUCUCAAAGGACAGCUUUCGUGAAUGCCAGGCCACUCUGACUCUAACAGACCUGCUCAUCAUCAUUUUUUCUGGCAUCUCUGUGUCUGUGGUGGCCAUCAUGACCAGCUUCUUCCUGGCUUCAACUGUUCAUUGCUUCCAGCGUUGGAGUAAAGGAACCAAGGGAGAUGAGGAAGAGAGUGAAGAAUGAAAAGGAUUUAGUUUUUAAGGGUCUGAUUUGUCCUAGUUCUACAUUUGAGGACACUGAAGUUAGUGUGUGCCUCAUGUUGAUUCCAACUAGACGAACAUCCAGGACGGAAGGCUUGGGGCCCUGGAACGGUUGUAGUUUGCACAUGGACACAUGAAAUAUGAUUAUAAAAGACAUUUCCAAGCAAUGAUUACAUCCAACAUCAGAGACUGUGCUGCUCCACAAGGAAAACUCUAUUAUAGAGAUAAUAUUUUUGCCAGGUCCUGGCUCAAUGUCAAAAAGCAUACAUACAUAUUCUGAGGCAAAGACCUUUGUAACAAAAGAGAAGUAGAUUAAAUUAAAGAGGUGUUGCUGCAGUGCUGUAAUGAUAGUCUUAGACAAACCAAAAACUCAACAUCCACUCAUGCUGGACGUUCAGCUCUGCGUUUUCAAACCCUGUAAAGUGACAAAGUUAGUGUGACAUUCUUCAUGACUCCCUUGGGCCUUGAUGUGACUAGGGCAAUCUACACAAUUGAUCCCAUGCAAAAAGGAUGUCAUAUUGACCAGUGACCUCAGUAUUUAACUGCCUGUAAUGUGAUAUGCUGGCAUAUCUUACCACUUACUGUGUUCCUUUUGCAAAGCCUAACAUUUAAAGUUGUUCACAAGCUCCGUCCAAGAUGAUUAUGGUUCCUCUGUCUGCAUGCAGAAUGAAACAUUGGCAGGAAAUUUAGCAAUAAGGAUUUUACAGGCAGGAACAGACCCAAGUGGAUAUACUCACACCUUUAGCAGUAUUUCCAUUAUAUAAUCACAAAUUUAUGUAAAAAAGAAAACAUAUAGUCAAGCAUAGAAAUAAAGAGGAUACACUGUAUGUUAUUUAGACUGAUAACUGUUAACUGUGUAGAAAGAAAUCCUUGCAAUAUAUACAAUAUAAUCUUAAAAAUGAUCACAAAUAUGGUACUAAAUUAGACUCUGUGUAGGCUUACUGUGUCAAAUAAUGCACUUUAAAUGGUGAAUCUAAUUUUGGCAAAGCCCUAAUUACAUCGUGUAGACAUAUUGUCUUCAUCUGCCAAAGAUUAGGUUUAGGUAGAUGAGAGACCGCAUAUGAGGCUGUUUUGUGGAUGAUGUGCUACUUAGUGAUGUAUGGGACAGAUCUUAAAUAGAAACAAAAUUGCACUUUGUUUUAACACAUUUAUCUCAAACAAUUAUAGUCUCCAAAGAUUUGCUUUUUCUUCCCAUCUGUCCGUGACAAAACCAGCAGUUUUACAUAGCUUCAUACAUGCCUGCCUCCCCUUAGAUUGAACAGUAAUUUACCAUAAAACAGGACGGAAAUAGGUUGUUUUUUUUUAAACAAAUGCAUCAGUUUCUACUGUUGUCUUUAAGAUAUCUGUCAGCAUUUUUGUCCUUUUACGAAAGAUGAAGCUGCUGAUGUGGUAUCUUGGAGAAUUCUCCUUUUAAAACUGUGUCAACAGCUUCUGCAGUCAAGAGAGGCAGUAAAAUACACCCGGAAUUCUGUAAAUCAGAGCCAUGAAUAUUUCGGAAUGUCUAUUUUUUUUUUUUCUUUUUUUUUUUUUUUUGCAUUCUGGUCUUGGAAUUUGAAAUGCAGCAAAGCUGAGAUGUUUUGCUUCUCACAUUUUCGUAAGGCAUGAAUAAUUCAACAAAACUGAGAUGUAGCAAAAAAAAAAAAAAGUCAAGAAUCUAAAUGCAAACAAAGCAGUGUAUUUAAAUUGAGUAAUGAGCAGUACCUCUUAAAAAAGGGAAACAACAUUUUUUUGUCCCUUUAGAAUGAGGGACGAUUAAACGUGCAGCAUUCUGAAGCACAUUUUGCAGAAAUAAAUGUGGCCUUAUUCAUUCUUGUUUAGUCCCCCCCCCAAAAAAAUUUGUAUAGGCAUCAAUAAAAGCACAAAUAUUUAAUGAAAAAUUUACUUAAUCUUGGUGCACUCAUUAAAAGGAUGCAUUGCAUCACACUGUGUGUUGCUAUCAGCUUAUAUUGUCAGAGGGUGUUUUCAUUUAUGUUUGAUGUCACGUGUUAAAAAAUGGCACAUCCGCAGAAACAGUGUAACAUUUAAAAUGUUUGGAUGUUGUGUAUUUGCCAGGAUGUGCUGGAAAUUGCAUUUAAACUGACCUUUCACUAAACCCCUCUCCUGAACUGUCCAGCGUGGUUGCAGGCUUUGAAUU